AUGGAAAAGGGAACAGACAGAAUGGCCGCCGCGGCUCCCGCUCCUCCUGCCGCCGCCUCCCAGUGUCGGAGCCCCCGCUGCACGGCGGAGCGCAGGGGAGUCCGCCGAGAACUCGACUCCUGGCGGCACCGGCUCAUGCACUGUGUGGGAUUUGAAAGUAUAUUAGAAGGGCUUUAUGGACCAAGGCUACGAAGAGACCUCAGUUUAUUUGAAGACUGUGAGCCAGAAGAGCUAACUGACUGGUCUAUGGAUGAGAAAUGUUCCUUUUGUAAUUUACAUAAAGAAACAGUCAGUGAUCGCGCAUCAGUUACCGGUUCUUCACAGUCAACGCCUACAGAGGAACUGUCAUCUCAGGGCCAGUCCAACACUGACAAGAUUGAAUGCCAAGCAGAAAACUAUCUAAAUGCACUCUUUCGAAAGAAAGAUCUUCCUCAGAACUGUGAUCCUAACAUUCCCCUAGUUGCUCAGGAAUUAAUGAAAAAAAUGAUCCGUCAGUUUGCAAUUGAGUACAUUUCCAAAAGUAGCAAAAUUCAAGAGAACCGAAAUGGUUCAUCCUUUGAACCAGGUCUGAUAUGUAAAAGUAUCCAAAUGAACCAAACGGAAAACUCCCUUCAGGAAGAACAGGAUAGCCCUCUAGACCUCACUGUGAAUCGAACUCAAGAACAGAAUACUCAGCAAGGGGAUGGAGUGCUAGAUCUCUCUACAAAGAAAAGCGCAAGGUUGGAAGAACCAAAAUAUGAUCCCUUGUGUUCUGAAAACUCAGUGUCUGGGAGACUACACAGACACAGAGAGGACUAUGUGGAAAGAAGUGCUGAGUUUGCAGAUGGUUUGCUCUCAAAAGCUUUGAAAGACAUUCAGUCUGGAGCACUGGACAUAAAUAAAGCAGGCAUACUUUAUGGCAUACCUCAAAAAACUUUACUUCUCCACUUAGAAGCCUUACCAGCAGGAAAGCCUGCACCUUUUAAAAACAAAACUCGAGAUUUCAAUGAUAGUUAUUCAUUUAAAGACAGUAAAGAAACUUGUGCAGUCCUACAAAAAGUAGCCUUGUGGGCAAGAGCUCAAGCAGAGCGCACAGAAAAAAGUAAACUCAGUCUACUUGAAACCUCAGAAUUAAAAUUCCCAACAGCUUCCAGUUACCUCCACCAGUUAACUCUACAGAGAAUGGUCACUCAAUUUAAAGAAAAAAGUGAAAAUCUACCAUAUGAAACUUCAAGUCCUACUGUACAAUUAAAAAUUCCUCAGCUAAGAAUAAGUUCUGUGUCCAAACCACAGUCUGAUACUGCUGGUCUUCUGGAUGUUAUGUACCACGUUUCUAAAACCUCCUCAGUCUUAGAAGGAUCAGCUCUUCAAAAAUUGAAAAAUAUACUCCCUAAACAGAACAAAAUUGAAUGUUCUGGACCUGUAACUCACUCAAGUGUGGACUCCUACUUUCUGCAUGGGGACCUCUCUCCUUUGUGUCUUAAUGCUAAGAAUGGGACAGUAGAUGGAACCUCAGAAAAUACAGAAGAUAGUUUGGAUCGUAAAGAUAAUAAGCAGCCAAGAAAAAAACGUGGCCGCUAUCGGCAGUACGAUCACGAAAUAAUGGAAGAAGCAAUUGCAAUGGUAAUGAGUGGGAAAAUGAGUGUUUCCAAAGCACAAGGAAUUUAUGGGGUACCUCACAGCACUUUAGAAUAUAAAGUAAAAGAAAGAUCUGGAACGUUGAAGACUCCGCCGAAGAAGAAGCUCCGAUUACCAGAUACUGGCUUAUUUAAUAUGAGAGAUUCAGGGACUGGCAGCUGCAAAAACAGUAGCAAGCCUGUGUAG